AUGAGUCCCGAAGAUGUGUUAUCAGUGGAGUCGCAAAAGGCAAAGCGAUAUCUUCGUACACCAAAAUGUGCGAGAUGCCGUAAUCACGGUGUAAUUUCUUGCCUAAAAGGUCAUAAAAAAUUGUGUCGAUGGAGAGAAUGUAUUUGUCCAAAUUGUCAACUGGUUGUCGAGCGACAGCGUAUAAUGGCGGCUCAGGUCGCCUUACGACGUCAGCAAACCUCUCAAGAUGCGAAAGGGAUUGUUGAUGUUACGAAAACACACUCAAUGGAAACGCUAUUAGCACAGAAACGUGUUUACCAAAAGCAUUUACGCAGUAUCCAACAGUCGUCGCUUGCUCGGAACAUUUUGCAAGAGUACAAACGAUUCCCAAUGUACGUGUCACCAUUAACGGAACGAAUGCGAAAGCGUAAAGCAUUUGCUGACAGUGAAUUAGAGAGUAGCGCCCAUUUAUUUGCAUUACCCACCUCUUCAUCUGUCGGCAAUUUAUCAUCACCAUAUUCGCCACGCUUGACGAUACCAAUCAUGCCGUUAACCAUGCAUUUAUCUAGUAUCAUCGAUUACAGCACAACACAACAAUCAAUGAAAACAAACGAAAGUGAAUCAAUCGACUAUUUGCCCGCACCAACAUCAUCACCACCAUCGCCGCCAUUAUCAUCACCACAACAGCAACUAACACCAUUAUCGCUGCCACCGUUGUCAACAAUGGACAGUUAUCGAUCGAACGAGUAUGCGUGCUCAGAAUCAUCACAACAACGAAUUCGAAUAAUUGAUGAUGCUAAACUCACGAAUAUGAAUCGACGAAACAAUGAUUCGUUGAUUUAUAGUCCAUCAACAAAUGAAACAAACAACCAUUGUACCAUCACCAAUACCACUGCCACCUCCGCCAAACCGAAGCUGUCAUUUUCAAUUGAAUCCAUUAUCGGGAUUAAAUGA